GCUAAAUCCAGCAUCAUAAACUCCCUGAUCAAUGCCGAAUGUAAUGGGCUUUGGUAUGGUGCUCUUUCUACAGGGAAUGGUCCUCGGGAUACUCUCUUGAAUCCCAUUUAGUUUGGUAUUCCCACUUCAACUCUCACAGUCUUUUAAAGAUAGUAAUUUCUCGUCAGACUGUCAGAUGUGGUGCGAAAAGUCACGCAAGAUUCUCCCUGGUGUGAGACGGAUGUAUAUAGUGCUCUGGGGUUUAUUCCUGUAGCUUUGUGGUUUGGUGUGGGAGGUGGUUUGAAUAUUUUCUCUUAACCACACCCUGCCAUGGUGCGCUGCUGAACUCGGAUCGGAUUUCCUUCCAUCUUUCUCCAGCUGCCACACCGGUUGGGCUGCGCUGCGCUGCGUGCGGAGGGGAAGGCCGGCGCUCUCGGAGGAUGGAAUGACUGCUCUUAGAAGUCGAGGCAAGAUGAGCAGCCACAGGCUGAAACCGCCAUUGGAAAUGGACCCUCUACAGAAUGACCGCAGCCCCUCCCCAAACCUGGACGCUAUUGAGACCUCCGUGGAAGAAGAUAGCUUCGAAUCACGUCCGCGUGGAAGAGAUGUGAAGUUAACUGACUCGCUGAACUCCGACGACUUCAAGAAGUUUCACCGUGGAUCCACAAUUAAAAAGUACAACUCUCAGUAUCACAAACUCUUCAAGGAUGUCCCUGAGCAGGAGACGUUGAGGAAAGUCUACUCCUGUGCUCUCCAGAAAGACAUCUUAAUCCAGGGUCGUCUCUACAUCUCCAGCAACUGGGUGUGCUUCCACGCUAACUUCUUCGGAAAAGACAUCAAGGUCAUGGCUUCAAUCACGUCAGUCGUGUUGGUCAAGAAGCAUCGGACAGGAGGGCUGCUUCCGAAUGGACUUGUGAUCAGGACAAGUGCAAAUGAGAAGUACAUCUUCGUCUCCUUCAUCUCGAGAGACAGUGUCUACGACGUGUUGAAGCAGGUCUGCUCACAUUUACAGGAUAACAGUAAGAAGAGCUUGAGUGUGGGCCUGAGUGUGGACACAUUGGAUUCCCUUCCCUCAGAAGGCUGUAGGUUACAUUUGGACUGGAAAAGAAAACUAUCUAACGGCUCCUCAUCCUCACAGCCCGAAACAGAACAGCAGUCCCUGUUGGGAAACUCCACCAGCAGCCUGAGUGCUCCAGAGAUAGAGAGCUCCAGUUGCAGCAGUCAGACCUUCAGAGAAAGACUGGUGAAGAAAGAAAAAAUACUUGAAUUAGAUUCAGUUGAAGGCAUCAGCAAAGUGGAAUAUCGAAUCCUCAGGAUAUUAAUUAUUAUAGUCAUUAUCCUUUUGGCAUCCUCCAUUUACAUGACGUUCCGAGUUUUCUCCCUGGAGCAGCAACUGGGACUCCUGGACGCAGCCUCUCAGUCACACACCCACAAAAGGUAAAGUAGGUUCCUGAGGCUUUGUUAAAGCUGUUGGCUCACAGUAGCUCAGCCAUGGACCAGGCAACACAGAGACUCCAAUACCUCUUGAACUCACUGGAUGGGACUGUAAUUGGAAGAAGCCAUCUACUGCCUGUAAAAGACUAAGACCAGCUAACUUCUCCAGCGCACUGUGAUAUUACCACAACACCAAGCUUUCGAUAAGUUGGAGCACUUCCACAAAACCCAAUAAGUAGCCUAAUUUUUAAUUUAUUUGUUGAAUAAAAUUCUACGGAUCUUUCAA